AUGGUGCCGCUAGGUCCCGGGCCAGGCCAUCCUGCUGCACACCAAACACACGGUGGACCUUCCGCCAACCUUACUGGUCCAAAUUCGUUAUCACAAACAACUCCACAAUCAAAUAAGUCGUCAGUGGCGAAGCCGAAUUAUACGCUCAAAUUUACGCUAGCAGGACAUACGAAGGCUGUGUCGUCGGUAAAAUUCAGUCCAAAUGGAGAAUGGUUGGCAAGUUCUUCUGCUGACAAACUCAUCAAGGUGUGGGGUGCUUAUGAUGGCAAAUUUGAAAAAACAAUAUCAGGACACAAGAUGGGCAUCAGUGAUGUGGCAUGGUCAUCAGACAGCAGGUUGAUAGUUAGUGCCAGUGACGACAAAACUUUAAAGGUAUGGGAGUUAAGUUCAGGCAAAUGUUUGAAGACACUGAAGGGACACAGCAAUUAUGUGUUCUGCUGUAAUUUUAAUCCACAAAGUAAUCUUAUUGUAUCUGGUAGUUUUGAUGAAAGUGUUCGGAUAUGGGAUGUCAGAACAGGCAAAUGUUUAAAGACUCUACCGGCGCAUUCGGAUCCAGUUUCAGCAGUGCAUUUUAACAGAGAUGGCAGUCUGAUUGUUUCCUCAAGUUAUGAUGGACUAUGUCGAAUUUGGGACACAGCGUCAGGUCAAUGUCUAAAGACUUUAAUUGACGAUGACAACCCUCCAGUAUCGUUUGUGAAGUUCUCACCUAAUGGAAAAUACAUCCUGGCGGCGACACUGGACAACACAUUAAAGUUGUGGGACUACAGCAGAGGCAAAUGUCUCAAAACGUAUACCGGACACAAGAAUGAAAAGUACUGUAUCUUCGCUAACUUCAGUGUUACAGGAGGAAAGUGGAUAGUAUCAGGGUCAGAAGACAAUAUGGUGUAUAUCUGGAACUUACAAUCCAAGGAGAUCCGGCGCUCGAGAACGACAAGACUAUUAAGCUUUGGAAAAGUGAUACUUAAAAUUAAGCUGACGCAGCUAGCUGCAGACGAUGAUCUGUAUAAAUUGGCUUCAUAUUGA